UAGUUCCUCUGCAUAAUGCCUGCUCUUAUGGUCACUAUGAGGUCACAGAGCUCCUGCUGAAGCACGGGGCGUGCGUUAACGCUAUGGACCUGUGGCAGUUCACGCCGCUGCACGAGGCGGCCAGUAAGAAUCGAGUGGAGGUGUGUUCACUGCUGCUGAGUCACGGCGCUGAUCCCACACUGCUCAACUGCCACGGCAAGAGCGCGGUGGAUGUGGCGCCCACACCUGAACUUAAAGAGAGACUCACCUAUGAGUUCAAAGGUCACGCGCUAUUGCAAGCGGCCCGCGAGGCGGACAUGGCAAAGGUCAAGAAAACUGCUCAAGAGAUCAUCAGCUUCAAACAUCCUCACUCGCACGACUCUGCUCUGCACUGCGCCGUAGCCUCUCCUCAUCCCAAACGCAAACAGGUCACAGAGCUGCUGCUACGGAAAGGUGCCAACAUUCACGAGAAGAACAAGGAUUUUAUGACUCCGUUCCAUGUCGCGUCUGAACGAGGUCAUAAUGACGUGCUUGAAGUCCUUCAGAAACACGGAGCAAAGGUGAACGCUGUGGACACACUGGGACAGACAGCCCUGCACAGGGCGGCCCUCGCCGGUCACAUCCAGACUUGCAGACAAUUGCUGAGUUACGGAGCCGACCCGUCAAUCGUUUCACUGCAGGGCUUCACUGCGUCACAGAUGGGCAAUGAAGCCGUACAGCAAAUACUCAAUGAGAACAUUCCUCCUCGUAAUUCGGAUGUGGAUUACCGCUUCCUUGAGGCUGCUAAAGCCGGAGACCUUGAUACAGUGAAG